AUGGCUCCGAGCGUGCUCUUGGGCUUGCCUGGCCCAUGGGCCAAGGACGAUCGACUGGCCCCCUUGGGCGGAUCACCCGCCACCGCAUCUGCUGCACUGCGCGCUCUGCCAUGGGCCACUCUCCCUCGUGCUGCAGGUGGGUGCCAGUGCGCCCUAUGCAGAUUAUCGUUCUGCCUCUGCUCCCUAUCCCCCUUCUCCGCCCCUCCCUCUCCACUCUCCUCCCCCCUUCCUCCCCUCCUCCUCUACGCAUUUGGCUUCCACUCACCCCACGCACUCGUCUGGUUCCUCGACUUCUUUUUGUCUUGCCAUGCCUAUGCCCCGCUCUCCCUUCCCGCAGCAGCAGACAGUGCAGCAGCAGGGGUGACACGUGGCAGCCUGCAAGUGGAGGAGCGGGUGCUGUACAUGUUUGCAUGCGCCAAUGGGGGAAGAGAGGGGGAGAAGGAAGAAAGCGGGGGAACGGGGGGGGAUGCUGCCUCCGCCCUCCCCCCAUUUGGGGACCUCUCCUCUGUGUUUGGGGACGUGGUGGUGGGGGGAAGCGCGGGCGCAGGGCCGGAUGGGGAGGGGGAGGAGGGGGAAGGAGAGGGCCAUGUGCUGCUCAGGCUCAAGGGUGAGGCACUGUGGGCGGGGUGGGUGAGAUGCACGGUGAGGGGGGGCAUAUGGAGGAAUCAUGGUGGGAGGAGCAUGGUGGGGGGAAGCAUGGUGGGGGGAAGCAUGGUGGGGGGAAGCAUGGUGGGGGGAAGCAUGGUGGGGGGAAGCAUGGUGGGGGGAAGCAUGGUGGGGGGAAGCAUGGUGGGGGGAAGCAUGGUGGGGGGAAGCAUGGUGGGGGGAAGCAUGGUGGGGGGAAGCAUGGUGGGGGGAAGCAUGGUGGGGGGAAGCAUGGUGGGGGGAAGCAUGGUGGGGGGAAGCACGGGGGGGGGGCGGCGCAUGGCGGGGGGGAAGCAUGGCAAGGGGCGCAUUGAAGGGGGGCAUGGCAGGGGGAGCAGUGGGGGGUGGAGGGGGGGUGGGCAUGCAGAGGCCUUGCCUGUUUUGAGCCUUCCCUGGUGGCGGAUCAUCCGCCUGCAGCAGCUUCCCUCCCAGCAACCGCCGCCACCACCAGAACAAACGGCACGAGCAGCAGCAGCAGCAGCAGCAGCACCAGCAGCAGUGGCAGCGUCAUCAUGGGGGGAUGCAAGUUCGUGGGAUGCAUGCAGCACAGCAACAGCAGACAGCUGGGGGCUCACACCCCCACCCUCAGAUGCUUCAGGUGCCCCUUCAGGUGUCACUUCCACAUCAGGUUCGGAGUGGGGUGUAGCAGCAGGAGGAGAGUGGGGCACUGGCACCGGAGCAUGUGACAGUAACGAGUUGGGGUCCCAAGUGGUAACCCCCCCGCUUGCAUCUCUUGAUGCUCUCUCCGCGUCCCUCAGUGCUGCCGCUGCCAAGGCUGCUGCUGGCACUGCUGGGGAGUCCAAUGCAGCGGGGAAGAAGGAUAAGAAGGCAGCUGUAGGCAGGGAAGCAUCGGCAGGAGGAGCAGCAGGAGCACAGGUGGCAUGCUCAAAUCUGGGUGCUCUGCGGGUGCUACCGUGCUUCUACGUGUUUUCGGAGGAAGAGGAGGCGACAGGCAGAGGCAGAAGCAGGGCAGCAGCAUCAGCGGCAGCGGUGCCUGGCUCAAGAGAUGGGGCGGAUGGGGUGGCAGCGAUGCAGGUGGAGGGGGGUGCGGGGGAGGGCGAGAAGUGGGAGGGGGAGGGGUAUGAGUACGACCAGGCGCGCACCGUGGGGCGCCCGUACCUGCGCUUCAAGAAGCGCCUCGACAAGCAGCCCCAGCAGUGUGUCAGGUGUGGUGCAGUGCAUGUGGUGUGGUGCGGUGUGUGGGUGAGGUGUGGCUUGGUUGGUGCAUGGGUUAGGCAUGGUGGUGGUGCGAGUGCCAGGUACCGCUUCAACGGCCACCCCAUCUGGCCCUGCGCUCCGCCGCCCCUCCUCCCAGAGGCAUCCCGAGCCUGCCCUCUGUGCCACGCCCCCCGCGUGUUUGAGUUACAGCUCAUGCCGCCGCUGCUCUUCUACCUGCUGGAGGCUCUCAGGGAGCGGCAGGAAGGGGAGGGUGAGGGCAGUGGGCAGGGUGACGGGGGAAGGAGGGAGGUGGGGUAUGGGGAGGUGGCGGAGUGGGAGUGGAUGACUGUUGCUGGCUUCACUUGCUCGCAGGUGAGAGUGGUGGUCUGGGAGUGA